AACUUCUAACAACAAUUAAAGCUGUUGUUAUGUUGGAUUAUGUUGAAAGAGCAACGUGGAAUGAUCGCUUCUCGUAUCCUUUAAGUGAAAAUCUGACUUAAUGGGUUUGUGUGAUGUGUUUAGCAUGGAGUGGGCCUGCAUUAUGUAACAAUUUCAGUGGUCUUGAUUAGAAGCCUGUUGUAAGGUCAUAUCUGUUAUUAAGCCUGUGGGUCAGUGGAUAUGUUGAAAGGGAUGGGAAAUUCUCCAUAUUUGGGAAGUAUUCUAUGUGAAAAUUAACAUGGUAAUAACAAGUAAACCGGUCUGAGUUUUACUCACUUUUAGUAGCUCUAAUACUUAGCUUAUGCUAUAGCUUUUCACAAAAGUACAUGCACUGAAUUUCCCCUAUUCUGAUAAUGAGCUUUUCUUGUAUGCUUAAGUGUGCGUGUAACAGGGGAAACACCUAAGGCAGAGAACGCACGUCUUUAAAUUUGGGGGUGCGGGGUGUGGUGAGGUUCUGUUUAAAGAUGUCUCUCUGUCUCCCUCUUCUUUGCACUUCUAAGUGUACUGAUGACUACCAUAUUAGACUUUUCUAUAGCAAGGGUUUAUAAAAAAGCCUUCUUCCUUUCCCUCCACUAUUAUUGCCUCUGUAUUCCUGACAGUUAAGCUAUGUUUAAAAAUAAUUACUCUUUCUAGCUGUGAUCGUAUGGUCUUGCUGUUCAAGUCACAGCUGUACAUAUAUUGUUGCAGUGAAAGGUUUGCAUUUUACAUGCAAAAUGGACUUGUAAUUUUUUACAAGAUUUAAAAGAAGUUCAUGAAACUUAAAAGAGGUGUAACUAUUCUAACCAGUUAUAUCGUGCCCUGUGCCUAUGCAUUCAUUAGCCAUUACAGUGUGGUGAAUAAUUAGAGAUUUUUAGGAGGCUUUGCAGCUGUUCCACAGUAAUUUGACUGAGUUUGGUUUAAUUAUAGGGAGGAAGAACAGUUUAGACUUACUUGAUUUGUUAAUUCUUCUGGGUGAAAAGAGAAGCUCCUGAGAAGAUUCUUAUACGUAGAUUUUUACAACAGAAGCUUGUUCUGUGUGCAGGAGCUAGACUCUAAAGUCUCUUAUCUUUCUGAACGUGUUACCAUUUCUCAGAACUGCUUUCCCAUGUGCUUGUGUUUUGAGUGUGUUCAUGUGUAUAAAUACAUAAAAGAAAAAUUUAGUUGCUUGUAGUCCUUGUGGAGCCUUGUUCUAUGGUGCAAUAAUCUUGAAGGAGCUCUUUCAUUUUAAAAAUUGGUAAUUAAUUUCUGGGGGUGUGACUCUUCACCUUUUCUUGCAGUCAAGUUCAAAUUACUCCAAAAUUUACAGACUUUUUGAAGUAAUUAGUUGUGCACCUUCGUGCUGACAAGUUUGUGCUGUAGUAAUUCUUUCGAAGCAGUUUUUGAGAAUUGCAUGUUUCAGCCUUCAACAAGUGGUUAACUUCUGUAGCUUAAAGCUCUAAACAUUAAAUAAGGGCACCUAAAAUAGAUUUAAAUCUAAAGUAAUUGAAUGAGAUGUUGGAUUGAUUCCUCUUGUCACACUGUUUUACUUGGAACUUCUUAUGUGGAGACCUUCUAUACAAGUCUGCUGUUGAUCCUCUUUUGGGGUUUACUGUAGUUGAUUGAACAUAAGAAAGGGAAUGCUUAUGAAUAGCAGACUUGCAAAGCAGUCUUGGAAGAAUCAUUUAGCAUGUAAUUCUUAAGACCUUACUAUCAUCUCUUAAUUAUGUUCCUUGGAAAGUGGCACUAUUGGUGACUGAUUUGGCACAGGCAUGAGCCUUUUGGCUUAUUCUAUACGGCUGAAUGGCCUGAGGAUCUUUUAUGACUUGUAACUUCCAGCUUAAAUGUUUAGUAUUUCUGCAACCUUUAACCACUCCAUUUUAACACAGACUGCUCACUGAGUAUUCAACAACUUGGUGAAACUGGUUGUUCUAUACAGCUGGUGUGAAAGCUUUUUCCAGGUUUUAAAUAUAUAAACAAAACUAAAGUAUUAAUGAUGUAUUUUAGGAAAAUGUGGCAUUUAAAAAAAUACAUCAUCUUAUUCUUAGCUCUUUAUUCUCUGUUAAAUUCAGUUUAAUUGGACUCAUCCAUUUCUAAACAUCUACAGGGACUUUAAAGGAAAUGUCAUAUUAACUCUAUUUUUCUUGCUGUUUAAUAAGCACAAUGAAAAGGUGACAAAUUAUUUGAACUGUGUGUUAAUGAAAUUUAUGCAGGUUAUUUCAUUGAUUAUAGUACCACUUGGUAUUUGUGGUCUCUCUAUAGCUGAAACAAUGAUGUGGAAACAAAGGAUAAGAUACAGCAAAGAAUCAUGAUUUCAGUGUGCAGCACUAAGAAGUGUUUGCUUUCUCUUGUGCUGCUUGAGACAGAGAGUUCUGGAAGCUGAAGAACAAGUACUGGUUAUGUAUCACAGAUACUGGGAAGAGUAUAGCAAAGGGGCAGACUAUAUGGACUGUUUAUACAGGUACCUCAACACACAGUUUAUUAAGAAGAACAAAUUGACUGAAGCUGAUCUUCAGUAUGGCUAUGGAGGAGUGGAUAUGAAUGAACCAUUGAUGGAAAUAGGAGAGCUAGCUCUUGAUAUGUGGAGAAAAUUAAUGAUUGAGCCACUGCAGUCCAUCCUUAUUCGGAUGCUCCUCCGAGAAAUAAAAAACCCAAGCCCUCCUCCUACAAGGCAAGCUGAAUAUCAACUUACGCAUUUUUGUUUCAACACAACAGGAAGCCGACAAGAUCUCAAAUUUGAUCGCUGUGGAGAAGACCCAAACCAGAAAGUAAUCCAUGGGGUUAUUAACUCCUUUGUUCAUGUUGAACAGUAUAAGAAAAAAUUCCCCCUAAAGUUUUAUCAGGAAAUUUUUGAGUGUCCUUUUCUGAAUGAAACAGGGGAGUAUUAUAAACAAGAAGCUUCAAAUUUAUUGCAAGAGUCAAAUUGCUCACAAUACAUGGAGAAGGUUUUAGGUAGGUUAAAAGAUGAAGAAAUGCGGUGUCGGAAAUACUUGCAUCCCAGCUCAUAUGGCAAAGUGAUUCAUGAAUGCCAACAGAGAAUGGUAGCUGAUCACUUACAGUUUCUGCAUGCAGAAUGUCACAAUAUUAUCAGACAAGAGAAAAGAAGUGACAUGGCAAAUAUGUAUACUCUACUUCGUGCUGUGUCAAGUGGUUUACCUCAUAUGAUUCAGGAACUACAAAACCAUAUCCAUGAUGAGGGCCUUAGAGCAACCAGCAAUCUUUCUCAGGAAAAUAUGCCAACUCAGUUUGUGGAGUCAGUUUUGGAGGUACAUAGUAAAUUUGUUCAACUCAUCAACACUGUUUUGAAUGGUGAUCAACACUUUAUGAGUGCUCUUGACAAGGCUUUGACAUCAGUAGUUAACUAUAGGGAGCCCAAGUCGAUCUGCAAAGCACCUGAGUUGCUGGCCAAGUACUGUGACAACUUGCUGAAGAAAUCAGCAAAAGGAAUGACAGAGAACGAAGUAGAAGACAAACUUACAAGUUUCAUUACUGUUUUCAAAUACAUUGAUGACAAAGACGUAUUCCAAAAGUUCUAUGCCAGAAUGUUGGCAAAAAGAUUAAUUCAUGGUUUGUCUAUGUCUAUGGAUUCUGAAGAAGCCAUGAUUAAUAAACUAAAGCAAGCCUGUGGUUAUGAAUUUACCAGCAAGCUCCAUCGAAUGUAUACAGACAUGAGUGUUAGUGCUGAUCUCAACAAUAAAUUCAACAACUUUAUCAAAAACCAGGACACGAUUAUAGAUUUGGGAAUUAGUUUUCAGAUAUAUGUUCUACAGGCUGGUGCAUGGCCUCUAACUCAGGCUCCUUCUUCUACAUUUGCAAUUCCUCAGGAACUGGAAAAAAGUGUACAGAUGUUUGAAUUAUUUUACAGUCAGCAUUUUAGUGGAAGGAAGCUUACUUGGUUACAUUAUCUUUGUACAGGUGAAGUAAAAAUGAAUUAUUUGUGCAAACCUUAUGUAGCCAUGGUCACAACAUACCAAAUGGCAGUGUUGCUUGCCUUCAACAACAGUGAAACUGUCAGUUACAAGGAGCUUCAGGAUAGUACGCAAAUGAAUGAGAAGGAACUGACAAAAACCAUCAAAUCCUUACUUGAUGUCAAAAUGAUCAACCAUGACUCAGACAAGGAAGAUAUAGAGGCAGAGUCUACAUUUUCUUUAAAUAUGAACUUCAGCAGUAAACGAACAAAAUUUAAAAUUACUACAUCAAUGCAGAAGGACACGCCACAGGAGAUGGAGCAGACCAGAAGUGCUGUAGAUGAAGACAGAAAAAUGUAUCUUCAAGCUGCUAUAGUCCGUAUCAUGAAAGCACGUAAAGUGUUGCGACAUAAUGCUCUUAUUCAGGAGGUAAUUAGCCAAUCAAGAGCUAGGUUUAACCCAAGUAUCAGCAUGAUUAAGAAGUGUAUUGAAGUUCUGAUAGACAAACAGUACAUAGAGCGAAGCCAGGCCUCUGCAGACGAAUACAGUUAUGUAGCAUGAUGUUGCUAUCCUGCAGGUAUGAUUGUAAGGAGAUCAUUGCUGUCACUGUUUGGUGUGUUCCUGUGGGAAGAGGCAGGCCUGUGCCUCCAUAAUUGGUCACUUGGCAGCCCCUGUUUUUCUGCUGUUUACAACAUCACCAGUGCCAUGUCAUGAGCGUCAAUGAAAAUGCCUAUAGAUAUUUCAAGCUCAUGUCAUUAUGACAUUUCUUAAAACUUUACUAAAAGAAUGAGUGAAGUAUUGCUGAAAUGUGGAAAAUUGGUUGGGUACCAUGCUUUUUUUUUUUUUUUCCCCCCUUCCCUUUCACUUUUGCAGUUGAUGUUUUUUUAUGUAUUUUAAAACAAUGU